AGUUCCUCGCUCUGCUCGACAGGAGGCGCUCUGGUUACAGCAUCAAACCCGCCGCCUCCAGUCCGCGCGCGCACCCCUCAGUGCGUGAGCGCGCGCUCGCCGCCGGCUCGGUGAUUGGGCAGCGCGACGCGCGCUCAGCUGUUCGCCCCUCCCCCCCCUGUCCCUAAAACGCGCACGCGUGCGCACAGUGAGCGCGCACUCCGUGUUUGCCCACAAGAGCCCAAACUGUUUUUGUUGCUGAGAAAACAAAGUCUGAUCGCGCCGCCAGCCUGCGCGCAGCUCCAACGCGCACCGAGGCUCUUUUACGCACAGCCUCAGAUCUGGAUUUUACGCACGCGGAGCGCGGAGCGGCUACACCUGUGCGUAAACAGCGCCGCGGGGUGGGGGGGCAGAUCAGAGGCCUUAGGGUGAUGGUCAGAGCCCGGUGGAGGUCUGCGGUGUGAGCGCGGGGCAGGAAGGAGCAGAAAGAGGAUUUUUGGAGAAGCUCCUCCUCUCCGUGAUGUCGGAACCUCCUUAAUUACUAAUUUCUCCACAUCGAAGCCACGCUCUUUCCCUCCCCCUCUUUCUCUUUUCUCUCUCUCCAAUCCUCCAUCCAUGCAUCUCUCAUCCUGACCCUCCUUUCUCUCUCCUCUCUGUCUCUCUCUGGUUUCCAGGAUAACGGAGGUGGACCAGCACUGGAGGAGCCGCUUUUUUAUUAUAAUUAUUAUUUAUUCCCUCUUUUUGUUUGGACUUGUUUUUGUUUGUUUGUUUUCUUUCCUGCUUCCGGGCAUGGAGGACGUAAAAACCCCGCCGACCGUCCACCGGUCCUCCUCCUUCAGCAUCAAGAGCCUCCUGCUGCCCUCCAAGUGCGAGCGCCCGGACCCGGUGGCCGCCGCGAUGGUCUGCAUCCCCGGAACUCUGUCUCCAUCACCGGGCUCCGACUCAGACAAGUCGCUGGGCCCCCCGGAGCUGGACUCCGCCGCCGCGGGACUGGAGCAGGGGAAGCCGGGCAGGGAGGAGCAGGGGGAGCAUGAGGAGGAGGAGGACGGAGGAGGAGGAGGCGGAGGAGGGGAGGACUCCAAGCCGACGCCGACAGCAGAGCAGAACUCCACCGGGAGCAACAACAGCGCGAAAAACGGGAAGUACGACAAGCCUCCGUUCAGCUACAACGCGCUGAUCAUGAUGGCCAUCCGGCAGAGCCCCGAGAAGCGGCUGACGCUCAACGGCAUCUACGAGUUCAUCAUGAAGAACUUCCCCUACUACCGGGAGCACAAGCAGGGCUGGCAGAACUCCAUCCGGCACAACCUCAGCCUCAAUAAGUGCUUCGUCAAGGUGCCCCGGCACUACGACGACCCGGGCAAGGGCAACUACUGGAUGCUGGACCCAAGCAGCGACGACGUCUUCAUCGGCGGGACGACAGGGAAGCUCCGCCGGCGCUCCGCCACCUCUCGCGGGAAGCUGGCUAUGAAGCGCGGGCUGCGCUUCGCUCCGCUAGGCCUGGAGCGGCCGAACAACCCGCUGUACUGGCAGAUCUCCCCGUUCCUCUCCCUGCACCACCACCACCACCACCACCCGCACUACAACGGAUCCUCGCCCGGCUUUCUGAACCAGGCGGCGGGUUACGGGUCGCUGCUGCCCGCCGUGGAGCAGCUGAGUAACGGGGACCUGGGGCGCUCCAUGGCGCUGGGCUUGACGAACACUUACGGGAUGAGCACGUCGCCGGUGGGGCUGCUGUCCGGACAGACCGCCGGGUACUUUGUCUCAGGGAGCCAACACGCCGCGGCGGCGCCGGGGCCGCCGGGAGGAGGGCCCCCGCCGCAACCGCCACACCCGCCGCCGCAGCAGCAUCUCCCGCAGGGCGCCGCAGGCUUCGGCGGCCUGGGCUCCAGCGGCUCCCCGCAGUCGCUGCUGUCGGACUCCCUCAGAAACAGCUCCUUACCGGCCUUCUCCCCCGGCGUGUCGGCGGGGUUCCCCGGGGUUCUGUCCCACCAGAAGAGGGUGACUCCCAACGCCUUCCUGAACUGACCUCCCGUCCUCACCCCUCCGGACUCUCAGCGGAACAAAAG